AUGAGGUAGGAGAAGUACCAUUAGCUUAAAAUAAAUAGUAAUUCCAUUUUAAAUUUAAUGCCCAGUAUCAUUUCUUUUAUUAUUCUAUUCAAUUAUUUUUAAUUAUUAUUUCAUAUUUUAAAUUGUCUUUUCAUACUAAAUACUAAUAGAUGUGAUUAAAUUAUGAGUUCUGUAAAAAAUAUGUUACUGGUAUAAGAUUUGAUGAUUUGGCAUUUAAAGGAAUAGAUUAUUCAGAAUUUCGUGAAGUAGUUACAGGCAGUGGUAUUAAUAUUACUUAUUUAUUAGGAUUAAUUUUAAAUGUUGAAAUUAAAUAUGUAGUAUUUCAUGGUUUAUUUGAUUUUGGAUACUUAUUACAAUUAUUUCAUCAUUUUGGUAUACCAGAUACAGAAGAUGAAUUCUAUUAAUUGA